GAUUUUUUUAUUAUAUUAAAAUAUGUACCUACUUCAUAACAAUUAACGUAGUGACUAGUUCUUAGUUUAAUUCUUAAUCUGUACUAAUAACUAGACACCAAACAAAAUAAUUGAAUUAAGUUUAACUGGAUUGUCUUUUGCCAAAUGUUUCUAAACUGAGAACUAUACUACUAUGAAGUGCCAGUGGUAUCCAUGGAAUAAUUAAUAAUUCAGAUCAGUCUCAAAACCUAUAACUAGGUGGUAACCACACACACACACAGGGAAAUCUAUUACUUAUUACAAUAUUUGUCUCACAAUUAAAAAAUGGUUUCAUAUUUUACUAUCGAUUCAACCGGGGAAGUUACCAAUUUUCAGAAAGAAAUUUCCAACAUGAUGCACGGUUUCGGUGAUAAUCCAAAUCCAAAUGCUGCUACAGUUGUUCUAGUGGAGAGCAUAGUGCUUCAACAGCUGCGAUCAAUGAUACAAGAGGCUUUGAAUUAUUCAAUAUCGAGAGGCGCGAAAGCAAUUGCAAAUACAGAUAUUAUUUAUUUGAUGAGAAAGAGUCCAUUCAAGCUAAAGCGAUUGUACGAUUAUCAACUAAAAUUAGAUCGAAUAGACAAAAGUCGCUCAGCAACUGUAAGUACCCCUACCGCAGAGGCUGUAAUACCUGUCAUAGAAGAUGAUAAAGAAUUAGUCAAAAAGAAAAGAACUCACAUUGAUGUAAUUAAGGAUUUGGACGAGGCUGAUGAAGUGAGUCAAAUUAAAUUUGAUGUGAUUGACUAUUUACGCAAAGUCAGAGCUUCAAAAUUAACAGAAGCAAUGUCUUUUGAGAAAUAUGAGGCAUAUCACAAAGCAAGAUGUAGUUCGUUCCGAUCAGGUUAUGGUAUCUCAAAAGGAUUUGUUAAAUUAGAGAGAUGGAUAAACCCAACCAAAGAAUUGAAGAUAACGCUUCCAGCUUUAGAAGUUCUUUGUUUCUUGGCUUAUGAGACAGUAGCGGAAAUUGUUGAUGCAGUAUUUCUUAUUCGGCAGGACAGCAAAAAAAAAUCGGGUGAUCCGUUUAGUAAAUUUGAAGGUGGUUACUUUUGCAACCCUCUUAGUUUGAAUAAUGCAGUGUAUAUUAAAUCAGGGUAUGAAGGAGUGCCAGCAAUAACUGUUGCAGAAGUAAGGGAGGUUUUAAGGAGAUAUUUCACUCCAAGAGUUGGGAUGAAUGGAUUAUUCUACAGGAAUAUGAAUAAUGAUUUACCUGUAAGAUACAUAGCUAUAUAGUUAUUAUCAUAAUGACAAUUUUGGCACAUAUUUCAACUUUUAAUGAGUACAUUAAUGGAAUUAAAAAUAGAUAUAUUGCUGACAAUCUGAGAUCAUGCUGAAAAAAUUUAUUUAAUGAUCAUUUUAUAUGACAUGUCAGAAAUACUUUUUAGAGAUCAAAUUACUAAGUAUUUCCAGAGUUGAAUGGUUUUUUUACACUUAUUAUCCAGAUUUUGGUGGAUUCAGAAUAUACCUUAUGGUGAAAUAAGUUAUGAUGAAAUGUUUUGAUUUAAAUCAAUUGCCAUUUUAUGAUGUUUGUAGUUAUGGUGCAUAAUGUAAUAUAACAGAAUCUGAGAAUGUUAUAAUUAAAUUACAAAAUAAUGUUUGUUAUUUACAUAACCUGUUG